AUGGACGUGGACAUGGACGUGGACAUGGACGUGGACGUGGACGUGGACAUGGACGUGGACGUGGACAUGGACGUGGACGUGGACGUGGACAUGGACGUGGACGUGGACAUGGACGUGGACAUGAACGUGGACAUGGACAUGGACAUGGACAUGGACGUGGACAUGGACGUGGACAUGGACAUGGAUAGGACGUGGACGUGGGGGGACGUGGACGUGGACGUGGACGUGGACGUGGACAUGGACAUGGACGUGGACAUGGACGUGGACAUGGACAUGGACAUGGAUAUGGACGUGGACAUGGACGUGGACAUGGAUGUGGACAUGGACGUGGACGUGGACGUGGACAUGGACGUGGACGUGGACAUGGACGUGGACGUGGACGUGGACAUGGACGUGGACGUGGACAUGGACGUGGACAUGGACGUGGACAUGGACAUGGACAUGGACAUGGACGUGGACAUGGACGUGGACGUGGACGUGGACAUGGACGUGGACGUGGACGUGGACAUGGACAUGGACGUGGACAUGGACGUGGACAUGGACGUGGACAUGGACAUGGACGUGGACAUGGACGUGGACAUGGACGUGGACGUGGACAUAAAGGUGGUCGUGGUCGUGGACGUGGACAUGGUCGUGGACGUGGACAUGGACGUGGACAUGGUCGUGGACGUGGACAUGGACGUGGACAUGGUCGUGGACAUGGACAUGGACGUGGACGUGAACUUGGACAUGGACGUGGACAUGGACGUGGACAUGGACGUGGACAUGGACAUGGACGUGGACAUGGACGUGGACGUGGACGUGGACAUGGACGUGGACAUGGACGUGGACAUGGACGUGGACAUGGACGUGGACAUGGACGUGGACAUGGACGUUGACAUGGACGUGGACGUGGACGACGUGGACAUGGACGUGAACGUGGACAUGGUCGUGGACAUGGUCGUGGACAUGGACGUGGACGUGGACAUGAACGUGGACAUGGUCGUGGACAUGGACGUGGACGUGGACGUGAACGUGGACAUGGACGUGGACAUGGACGUGGACAUGGACGUGGACGUGGACGUGGACGUGGACAUGGACGUGGACAUGGACGUGGACGUGGACAUGGACAUGAACGUGGACAUGGACGUGGACGUGGACGUGGACGUGGACAUGGACGUGGACACGGGACAGUGGACAUGGACGUGGACAUGGACGUGGACAUGGACAUGGACGUGGACAUGGACGUGGACAUGGACGUGGACAUGGACCGUGGACAUGGACGUGGACAUGGACGUGGACAUGGACGUGGACAUGGACGUGGACGUGGACGUGGACAUGGACGUGGACGUGGACAUGGACGUGGACAUGGACGUGGACGUGGACGUGGACAUGGACGUGGACGUGGACAUGGACAUGGACAUGGACGUGGACAUGGACAUGGACGUGGACAUGGACGUGGACAUGGACGUGGACAUGGACAUGGAUAUGGACGUGGACGUGGACGUGGACGUGGACAUGGAUAUGGACGUGGACAUGGACGUGGACAUGGACAUGGACAUGUAUAUGGACGUGGACAUGGACGUGGACAUGGACGUAGACAUGGACGUUGACGUGGACAUGGACGUGGACGUGGACGUGGACAUGGACGUGGACGUGGACAUGGACGUGGACAUGAACGUGGACAUGGACAUGGACAUGGACAUGGACGUGGACAUGGACGUGGACGUGGACGUGGACGUGGACAUGGACGUGGACAUGGUCGUGGACAUAGACGUGGACGUGGACAUGGACGUGGACGUGGACGUGGACAUGGACAUGGACGUAGACAUGGACGUGGACAUGGACGUGGACAUGGACUAUGGACUGGACAUGGACGUGGACAUGGACGUGGACAUUGACGUGGACGUCGACGUGGACGUGGACAUAGAUGUGGUCGUGGUCGUGGACGUGGACAUGGUCGUGGACUUGGACAUGGACGUGGACUUGGUCGUGGACGUGGACAUGGACGUGGACAUAGACGUGGACGUGGAUGUGAACGUGGACAUGGACGUGGACAUGGACGUGAACGUGGACAUGGUCUUGGACAUAGACGUAGACGUGGACGUGAACGUGGACAUGGACGUGGAGAUGGACGUGGACAUGGACGUGGACAUGGACAUGGACGUGGACAUGGACGUGGACGUGGACGUGGACAUGGAUAUGGACGUGGACAUGGACGUGGACAUGGACAUGGACAUGGAUAUGGACGUGGAGAUGGACGUGGACAUGGACGUGGACAUGGACGUGGACGUGGACAUGGACAUGGACGUGGACGUGGACAUGGACGUGGACAUGGACGUGGACGUGGAACAUGGACGUGGACGUGGUACGUGGACAUGGACGUGGACGUGGACGUGGACAUGGACGUAA